CCGAUAUUCGUCAAGGGACAUAAGCAUGUCUUUAGUUUUGUCGUCAAGGAAAUACAAUUAUUGAAGGCUGUCAAUACCACCGCACAGAAAGAGGCUGCCAAGAUGUCAGACCAACCGAAGCACGGAGCUCCCCAUGGGAUGGAAAAGUACGACCUAGGUGGAGGAGAUGAUUUGGGUGCCCUUAGUCUCGCUCAACAAGCCGAUCUGAAUCAAUUCAAGAUAAGCACUCGGAUGGGUAAUGAACGGUACCUGAGAGAUCAUCCUGAGGUAGAGAGCCUUAUUGCAGGUUUUCUUGGUGAUGUCCUCACACAAAGGCCGGAAAGUGUCAGAGAAUUUGCUGCAGGGUAUUUCACAAACCCAAGUCUACCUGAGAAGGUGGAGAAACAGCUGGCUGAACGUCAGGAAAAACUGAAACAGAAUCGGGUCAUUCAGAGCUUGCACUAGUCAUCUUACUAUUCUUACUGUUGUUUUGCAUGAUCUCUGCAGCGACUUCAGAAAUUUCAAGAUUUAUAAGGUAUCAUAUACGGUGGCGGUUGCAAUGUUAUCAUUAAAAGAAAUUGGUUUAAACUGAUCGAAGCAAUUUAUAUGUACAAAUUUAUGUGUUGAUAAAAGGUUGUGAUAUAAUGAAUUGAUGCUUCUUUUUUGAAGUCUUUAAUGUUUAAGAAUACACUAUACUCAAAUUUCUCAUACUAGCGCUAGCAGCAGAGCAGAAAGAAACAAAAACUCAGUUUCGUUACAGAUACAGUAUUUCCUUUAUUUGUUUUAUUUGCCGCUUAUACUUUGCAACUCAGUUAUUUCAUUAUUUAUGGAGCUGUAGAGCUGAGCAUAGUCACAGAAGAACCAAAGCAGUACUUGAGAUAUUUUGCUCUUCCAGCAAUGUGAUACUUGCUUUUUUAUGUCUACGAAAUGAUGUAGAAUUUUAUAGAGAUACAUUUUAUUUAUUUAUGUUGCACAAAAGAGGAGUAUGAAAUGUAACUUUGUAAUGUUGAAUGGGUAGGGAAUGUCAUGAAAUUGAAUGUGUGGUGUUCAAAAUGAUAUAAAAUAUUAGUGAAGUGUGGGAGUGAUUGUGUGCCAAGGCGAUAAACCAUACCAGAGUUUGCUUUUGCUGUUAGUGUAUGAAGGGAAGAAGUAUCUGAUCAGUAGUUGCGAAAGUGUGAUGGAUGUUAUUUUGCUAGCUUUGCUCAUAGAGCGGAGUUACGACCCAACAAAGCCCAUUCUCUGUGAUAGUAAUCUGUAGUCUACCUGUCUGUCCUUUGAAAGUAGUGCCAAAUUUAUUAUCUGCAGUGAGUUCUUUGUGUUCAGGCUCCAGAAAAGUGGGGCUCUCAGUAUUUAAUUUAGUUUAAUUAAGCAAUUUUUUUUCUUUUCAAAAUCUUGGACUUCAAUACAGAGAAGAUAAAUAUCCACUAUCUGUUUUUAGUGUGUAUUUAGGUACCCCUAUAUCAAAUUUUUGUUACAUGACCUAAGCAACAAUGUGGUUUUGUACAAUGGAUAGUUUUGACCGUACGCUUUUGUCAUAUUGUACAAUGAAGUGCAUGCAUCUGUUGUUUUCAGGAGUUGGGAUUUUAUCAAAAUCAAAGAACUAUUUUAUUCUUUAGGGUAGCAUAAAUAACUGCAUGAAUAUAUUCUUUUGUUUUGAGUUGAUUUUGGAAAUGUGGUUCCAGUUUCAGGCUGUUUAACUGGAAACUUUCACUUUCACUUUCACUUUCAGUAUUCUUGGUUGGGAAUAAACUGCAUAUUAUUAAAGCUCA